CCCUGUACGCCUCUGGCAUGGUGGCUCCGUGUGGGGUGCUCACCUGUUUCACCACCGGGGCACCCACCGGGGAAUCUCUAGGUUACAGCUGGUUUGCACCGGGAUUAGCUGCUCUUUGCAUCGGCUUGUAGCUGUGGAUGUGGAUUCUGUAGUGAUGGGGCCGAAUGCGGACAUCUAUUGGCUGCUGUCUUCCUGAAUUUCAUUCAGUUUGGUCCAAUAGCAGAGGGGGGAGCAGCGAGUCUUAGGACCACUCUCUUCAAUCUCUCCUUUACUUGCAGACCCGUCUCUCCCUUCUCGGCCUUAGCACAGAGCUCUUAUUCAGACCUAGCUCUGCCUGUCCUGUUCCCUCUGCGCGAGCCUGACACCAUCUACAAUAGAAACCACGAAUUUCCUCCAAAAGGCGGUGUGGCGGGAUCCUCACAUUCCCUUGGAAGAGCGAAUCUAGUUGGGAUUGCAGAAAGCCAAGACGCCUGCCCUCAAGACAGCCUGCCAAAUCGCACCCUCGUCAGGGUCUCCUAGAGAAACCUGGAUGCGUAAAAAGAACACUCAGCUGGUGCAGGUUUUCCGCGGCGAAGGUAUCGUUUUGACCUACUAAGUAGGACGAAUUGGAAUGGCUCUGAAGGUCUCAAUGAACCCCGAAAGCUUCAGUUGUAAAGAUGACGUUAUAUGGAGAGGCUUACUUGAAACCUUAUCCUAGUGUGGAAUAUAUCAGCCUUAGCUUCCACGUCUGAUAUUCCUCCAAAGGGAAAAAUGUGCUGAGAUGGAAGAGAAACCCAAUAGACUUCCAUGGAGGCAUUUUUAAAGGCAUCUUCGUAGAAGGGCAAUGUAAUGGCUGACCUCUGUGCCCUGGAGUUUUCAUAAGGAAUCGUCUCCCUUGGCACGUGUUGGAUGGUCACCACGUCCUUGGAGCCUGGCACUUGGCAGAAUUCGGUUCCAGGAUUAAGGGGGGCUGCUGUCUCGCGAUGGGCUGCACAGAAAACCACUUGGUUUGUUCUUAACAUUGGGCUCCGUCUAUGACUCAUCAGCACGGCUUCCUAGCUAGCCCAUUGCCUCUCCUGGGUCUUUGGCUGCCUGGAAAGCCCUCUGUCUCCGCGGGCUGGCUUCACGGCUUUGUCUGCUUGGCAUUGCAUCCCACAGACGCCUUCGGAUGUGGGAGUGAACAAUGUUGAGACCCCAAGGACUGGUAUGGCUCCCCUUGUUCUUCACCCCGGUCUGCAUCAUGGUGAAGUCCAAUGUCCUCCUGUGGAUAACCGCUCUUGCCAUCAAGUUCACACUCAUUGACAGCCAGGCACAGUAUCCCGUCGUCAACACCAAUUAUGGCAAAAUCCGGGGCCUAAGAACACCAUUGCCCAAUGAGAUUUUGGGUCCAGUGGAGCAAUACUUGGGGGUCCCCUACGCCUCGCCUCCCACUGGAGAGAGGCGGUUUCAGCCCCCGGAACCUCCGUCCUCGUGGACUGGGGUUCGAAACGCCACCCAGUUUGCCGCCGUGUGUCCACAACACCUGGAUGAGAGGUCUCUGUUGCAUGACAUGCUGCCCAUAUGGUUUACUGCCAAUUUGGAUACUUUGAUGACCUACGUUCAAGAUCAAAGCGAAGACUGCCUUUACUUAAACAUCUAUGUACCCACGGAAGAUGGAGCCAACACAAAGAAAAACGCAGAUGAUAUAACCAGUAAUGACCGUGGUGAAGAUGAAGACAUCCAUGAUCAGAACAGUAAGAAACCAGUUAUGGUGUAUAUCCACGGCGGGUCUUACAUGGAAGGGACUGGUAAUAUGAUCGACGGCAGCAUUCUGGCCAGCUAUGGGAAUGUCAUCGUGAUCACCAUUAACUACCGGCUGGGGAUUUUAGGGUUCUUGAGUACCGGUGACCAGGCAGCCAAGGGCAACUAUGGGUUACUAGACCAGAUCCAAGCGCUCCGCUGGAUUGAGGAGAACGUCGGGGCGUUUGGUGGCGAUCCCAAACGUGUGACCAUCUUCGGCUCGGGCGCGGGAGCUUCCUGUGUCAGUCUUUUGACCUUGUCCCACUAUUCAGAAGGUCUGUUCCAGAAAGCGAUCAUCCAGAGUGGGACCGCCCUGUCCAGCUGGGCAGUAAACUACCAACCUGCCAAGUACACUCGGAUAUUGGCAGAUAAAGUCGGCUGUAACAUGCUGGAUACCACGGACAUGGUAGAAUGCCUUCGGAAUAAAAAUUACAAGGAGCUCAUUCAGCAGACCAUCACGCCAGCCACCUACCACAUUUCCUUCGGUCCCGUGAUCGAUGGUGACGUCAUCCCAGACGACCCCCAGAUCCUGAUGGAGCAGGGGGAGUUCCUGAACUAUGACAUCAUGCUGGGCGUCAACCAAGGGGAAGGCUUGAAGUUUGUGGACGGCAUCGUGGACAGUGAGGACGGCGUGACCCCCAACGACUUUGAUUUCUCCGUGUCCAACUUCGUGGAUAACCUUUACGGCUAUCCAGAAGGAAAGGAUACAUUGCGGGAGACCAUCAAGUUCAUGUACACGGACUGGGCCGAUAAGGAGAACCCCGAAACGCGACGGAAGACCUUGGUCGCUCUCUUUACCGACCACCAGUGGGUGGCCCCCGCCGUGGCCACCGCGGACCUGCACGCUCAGUACGGCUCUCCCACCUACUUCUACGCCUUCUACCACCACUGCCAAAGCGAAAUGAAGCCCAGCUGGGCCGACUCGGCCCACGGCGACGAGGUGCCCUAUGUAUUUGGGAUCCCCAUGAUUGGACCCACCGAGCUCUUCAGCUGUAACUUCUCCAAGAAUGAUGUCAUGCUCAGCGCUGUGGUCAUGACGUACUGGACGAAUUUCGCCAAAACCGGUGACCCUAAUCAGCCUGUUCCUCAAGACACCAAGUUCAUUCACACAAAACCCAAUCGCUUUGAGGAAGUGGCCUGGUCCAAGUACAACCCAAAGGACCAGCUGUAUCUGCAUAUCGGCCUGAAGCCCAGAGUGAGGGAUCACUACCGAGCUACCAAAGUGGCGUUCUGGUUGGAACUCGUCCCCCACCUGCACAACUUGAAUGAGAUAUUCCAGUAUGUCUCCACCACCACCAAGGUCCCUCCUCCUGACAUGACAUCCUUUCCCUACGGCACCCGGCGAUCUCCUGCCAAAAUAUGGCCCACCACCAAGCGCCCAGCUAUCACCCCUGCUAAUAACCCCAAGCAAUCCAAGGAUCCACACAAAACAGGGCCCGAGGACACCACCGUCCUCAUUGAAACCAAGCGGGAUUAUUCCACAGAACUGAGUGUCACCAUUGCCGUGGGGGCCUCCCUACUCUUCCUCAACAUUCUGGCUUUCGCGGCGCUGUACUACAAGAAAGACAAGAGGCGCCACGAGACCCACCGGCGCCCCAGUCCCCAGAGAAACACGACAAAUGACAUCGCUCACAUCCAGAACGAAGAGAUCAUGUCACUGCAGAUGAAACAGCUGGAGCAUGAUCACGAGUGUGAAUCCUUGCAGGCCCAUGACACGCUGAGGCUCACCUGCCCGCCAGACUACACUCUCACGCUGCGUCGGUCCCCGGAUGACAUCCCACUUAUGACACCAAACACCAUCACCAUGAUUCCAAACACACUGACGGGGAUGCAACCUUUGCACACGUUUAAUACGUUCAGCGGAGGACAAAACAGUACAAAUUUACCCCACGGGCACUCAACCACUAGAGUAUAGCUUUGCGGUUCCUUUCCCUUCCCUCUGCGCCGCUCCCUCCGCAACGUGGAAGAGAGAACGAAAACGAGAAGCGACAUCUCCACUCUCCACACAAGGAAUGUUUUUCCUCCCGCUGACAUAGGACGAAAACAAAAAUAAAAUAAAAAGCAAAAGGGCAGUCAUCAUGUCGCUGUGGACCCACCCCAUUGGCAUUUCCUAGUAUGACCAGAUCAACUUCUGACCCUAUGAAAUGUGAAAAGUAUACAUUGCUGUUACAACACUGCUUUAAGAUCUCCGCCACUCCAGCGAUCCUUUAGUGUGACCUGGACAUCGCCGUUCCAAGGACCAACGUAACAAUAGAAGCUGACACUUCUGGAACUUAGCCAGGGAUGCUUAAUUUUUUUUUUUUUAAAUUACAAUUUCAAAAAAAAUAAAAAUAAAAGUUCUCUAUGUGCCAUAGGACAGAUGGCUCUACUGAAGUGAAGAAAAGAGUCUGUGGGCUUUUACCCAGCAUAUGCAGCUGUAACCCAGCGAGAAAGAAAAGUAGAAUUUUAUUAUUAAAAUAAAAGACCUGACUAUGCAGUAACACACGUAGAGUUCUGUGCAAAGAGAGGUUUUGCCAGUCUGAACUAUAUUUAAGAACCUUUGUAAAAAUAGAAGAAAAGAUGUAUAUAGCUGUGAGUUUAAACACACACACACGCACACACUCACACACACACACAGAAAAAAAGAACAAAACAACAA